AUGAUAUCCUUUCGAGGCAUUUGGAUCAUUCAACGCCGCCGAUCUGAUUUUGUUCACCCAUCUGAGACGAGUACGUCACAGAGUGAAUUUAAUGAUUAUGCUGUAAUAUUUUCAAAGCAAUUUCCUACUGUUAAUCAGCGCCUGAAAGUUGUUCAAAGUCACCGCUAUGCACCACUUCCACAGGACGAAGACAUGUGUGCUUAUUUUAAACAAGCGUUGGAAUUCACGACGUUAGUAUCGAACGAAGUCCCAACGACAGAUACUGUGACCGUCACAGCGGACGCGCCACAAAUCUUUCGACUGUCAUUCAUGGGAAAAGAGCCCAUUUUCUGUGUUUAUACACAAUCCCAAAACACAUUCUUCUUAACUGUUCCGAUCACUGUAGGAAGCACCGAAGACAUUUCUUACUUGAGUCAACCCAACUUAAUUUACUCAAUCAACUUCUUGCAUUCAAUAGCGGAGCUCUGCGGGAAAUUUUUCGAGACGGACAAGAAGAGGUCGCGGGAGGAAUUGAACCAAGCGCUCAACUUUGAAUUAGCCCGGAAAUUGUCGUGUUGUGUACCAUUUGGGACUCCUUUAGUGAAAAUGGAUAACGAAUGGGUCAAAGCGUUUUAUAAGCAAGAAGACCCGUCGAAAAAGGCAAAGGCUGGGAUUAACAGGAAAUUCACGAUAUUAGAAAGACUUGUGUAUACCAAUGAAGAAAAUACUAAAGACGCCAAUUUGAAUAUCGUCUCAUUCAAAGGACUUGUACAAGCCGAUAUCGACUUACAAGGCGCUCCAGAAAUGUCAUUAGGGUUCUGCGUAGGUAAAGACGGAGCUACUAAUAUCACACAAAUCAUCCAAAACUUGUCGCUGUAUCAUGCCGCGGUGCCUAUAGCGUCGGUCGACACCUUUGCGACCGAUAUUAAGAUCUCCCCGCCACCUUAUCCAUUCGAUUUGUGCUUCUAUACCGUCUCCCCGGAACUCUCAAUAUCUAACACAAAAACUAUACAACAACUCUUUACUGCGUCGUAUAUCAUCGACUACGAUAAAACAAUUUUUAAAGUCCAAAUAGUCAUCGACUUUGACGCAAUUAUCACUCGACUCAAAUAUGACGCUAUCACUGUCGAAAUCCCUUUAAAGGGAGUCAAGAUGGAAAGCAUCACAAACUACACCGCUCAUAACCAAAACUUCUCACAACCCGAAAAGGUCCAAGACAAACUCAUCACUAAAGUCGUCAAGUUCGACGAAAAUAAUCGAGCCAUUAUCGCGUUCCAAUUCACCGCAGAUAUCACCGAUGACGCUUCGGAAUAUUUGAGAAUUAGAAAACCGUCAUUCAUAUCAGAUAUGCAAAACGCUUUCAAACCUCAUUGUCUCAUUAAAACUAAACUGUCUUCGUCACUCUCAGGGUUCUCUAUCGACGCUAGAAAAAUUACAGUCGUGCAAGCAAAAAGCCAACUGCAAUUCACUACUUCACAAGAAACUCAGAUAGAGGCCAUUGUCUUCGCUCAACAUUUGUUCGGAGAAAUAAAUCAGUAA